ACUUCCCGGACUAUGGACUUGGGGAAAGGAGAAAUUAAGCAUUCUUUCCUGGUCAUACCAAAUUGCCCCUCACCUCUAAUGGGACGAGACUUGCUAACCAAACUCAGAGCCCAGAUAACCUUUGAAGAAACUGGUCCAGAAAUUGCUUUUCUUAAUCCCAGUGUCCAACCACUUACCACCUCCGUCCUGACCAUCAGGGCUGAGGAUGAAUAUAGACUAUUUACAAAUGACCCCUUGCCAGUUGAAAGCCAAGACACCGACUUUUGGUUGAGACUAGUUCCAGAAGCUUGGGCCGAAACUGCUGGACUGGGGUUGUCUACCUUACAGGCUCCAGUAGUGGUAGAGUUAAAAACUACUGCUGUCCCUGUGAGAGUUAGGCAGUACCCCAUGAGUCAGGAAGCGAAGAAAGGCAUAACUUUCUUAGUAAAAUGUCAGUCAGCCUGGAAUACUCCAUUACUCCCAGUUAAGAAGCCUGGAACUGGGGACUAUCGGCCAGUACAGGACCUAAGGGCAGUUAACAGUCAGGUGGAAGUCAUCCAUCCCACUGUGCCAAACCCAUACAAUCUUCUCAGCACCUUAAGUCCUGAAAGAGUAUGGUAUACUGUAUUGGACUUAAAAGACGCUUUCUUCUGCCUGUCCCUACAUCCAGCCAGUCAACCCUUAUUUGCUUUUGAGUGGAGUGAUCCUGAGGCAGGAAUUUCAGGCCAACUAACCUGGACCAGAUUGCCUCAGGGAUUUAAGAACUCCCCUACCAUCUUUGAUGAGGCCUUGCACCAAGACUUAAGUCUCUUCCGCAGCCAGCACCCCCAGGUAACCCUGCUCCAGUAUGUGGACGAUAUUUUGAUUGCAGGAAAAACUGAAGAAGAUUGCAAGCAGGCCACCCAUAACUUGCUGAAGGAACUUGCUCGGCUAGGGUAUAGAGCAUCAGCUAAGAAGGCGCAGCUGUGCCAGAGAGAGGUGACGUUUCUGGGAUACAUGCUACGAGGGGGAAAGCGAUGGCUGACAGAGGCCCGGAAGAAGGUCGUGGCACAGAUCCCUGCACCUACUACUCGCCGGCAGUUACAACUGGCGAUAGUUCACUGUCCAGGUCAUCAAACGGGAAAGGAAACCGUCGCGUCCGGAAACAGAAGAGCUGAUGAAGCAGCAAAGGCAGCGGCAUCCCGCAUGAAGGAGAUCCCUGCACUUAUUGUUACUGAACCCGACAACCUCCCACCAGUGUCAACUGUAGACUCCCUUUCUGAAGAACCAGAGCAGCUCAGCUGGCCGCCAUCGCUGCCCUACAAAGCCAAGUAUCAGCACACAGUCAAUGUUUACACCCUCCAGGAAGACCUGGAUAGCCUCCUAUGUGGAGACUUGAUGAAUGUCACCAUUUCAAUCCCCAUGCAGGUGGCAACAAGCCACAUGAUCGCCUGCUGUGAUCAGGCUGUGUCAAUUCCUGAUCACUCUUCAUGUGCCCAUCCUCCUUAG